AUGGCACUACACAGCAAUGGCACCACCGGAACCAUAGCAUCAUUACCGUCACUUCCUUUGGAACUUGUGGAAGAAGAAAUCCUGAGUAGGCUACCAGUGAAGAAACUCCUACAACUCCGAUGCAUAUGCAAAUCCUGGAAAUCUCUAAUUUCCGAUGAUCCUAAAUUCGCAAAGAAGCACCUUCGCAUGUCAAAUAUAUUAAAGCACAAACAUCUCAUCAUGAAUGUUCUUGGUGACCGGAUUUUAUGGGAUUCCCCACUUUCCUCUGUUUUCAGCAAUGUAUCCAACCAUACUGUCACACUCACUGAACUCAAUAACCCAAUUUCUAUUUCCAGAAAUAUUUCGGAAAUUUGCUCUUGCGAUGGUAUCCUUUGUUUCACCAUUUGUGAAGAAGGAGGACAAUCUGCUGUUUUGUGUAACCCUUCCCUUAGACAAUACAGUACACUGCCUCCUUUGAAAAAUCAUCGGAAAAGAGAAUAUGAUUAUCAAAAUGCUGUAUACAGCUUUGGAUAUGAUCAUGUCAAUGAUGUUUAUAAGGUUAUUGCCAUUUCUGGCAAAUAUACAGAAGUUGAUGUUUAUACUUUGGGUACUAAUAAUUGGAGGAGUAUUCAAGACUUUCCAUAUUGUCCUCCCUGCAACCAUGGAGUAUUUGUGGGUGGCACUGUUACUUGGUUGGCAUAUGAGGUUUCAAAUAGGAAUAUUAGUUAUGUCAUUGUUUCUCUUGAUUUGAAGACGGAAUCGUAUCAAAAGAUUCCUCAGCCUGAUUUGAAGAAGGAUCAUUGGACCUUAGGGAUGUUUAGGGAUUGCUUGUGUAUCUUUGCGAGUAAUAAGAUGUUGUUGGAUGUUUGGAUUAUGCAGGAAUAUGGAAUUAAAGAAUCGUGGACCAAAUUAUAUAAUGUUCCUUAUGUGGGAACUCAAUGUACCUAUCCGCGGACUGGAUAUAUUUCUGAUGAUGAUCAAGUGCUAUUUAUUUUAUAUGAUUUGAUAGAUUCAAAAUACAAGCUGGUUGUUUACAAUUCCAAAAAUGGUAAUAUGAAUAUUCCUAAGAUUCAACAGAUGGAUGGUUUUAUGAUUCUAGGAGUCUACGUGGAGAGUUUGAUAUCACUACCUUGUUCUUAUUGA